UGCUGCUUCCAGAGAGUUGGCAUUCAUCUCUCACCAAGGAGCAGCAGCGGUGGAUCGGACGCACGCUGUUCACCAGGAACAGCUUUGGGAGGUCGACACUCGCCACUGACCUGGUCACGUGGUGGACGCCUCCCCAACCGCGGCCGAUCUACAAUCAUCCGCCCGCAUCCCCCGACCCCUUCUUCGCAUGUCAGCUGUUCCUUUGGAUGCCCGUGCGUAUAUGGGCAUACAGGCUGGCAUGCCCCCAGUCUGGGUGCAGAGGCACACUCUGCGAGGCUGGGCUCUACAAGACCAUCCGGAGGGUCUUGGACAUCGACCGCUGGUAUCUCAUGGCCACUGAGUACCUGGAAUGCGGUCGGUGUAAGAAGAAGGUCGCUGGGUGGUCACGGGACCUUGUCAGUCAGCUGGACGCUCGGCAUCGCUGCCAGUUUCCAGCAAUAUUGACAUACAAGCUGUCCUGUGACCUGCGGGUUGUGAGGAGGCUGAGGUUGCGCCCUUUGGGGAACAGUGUGAAACAGACCUACAGAAAGUUGUGUGAAAGUCACAGCGAGUCCUGGUAGCGGAGUUGUAUACGGUACCUCGGGGAGUGCGAGCAGUUUCUGGCCUUGGGCAUUGGGCAGCAGUUCACCGAUCCGCCGGAGAUGCCCCCGGUGCCCUCACCCGUCUUGCUGCUGACGGUCUACAGCCGUGACGUGCUGUCGCGGCUGGACGAGGUGAAGGCCAGGGUCACCUCCAUCUUCGGGUCCAUCUUAAAGAUGGACUCUACCAAGAAGGUGACUAAAAAGCUUGCAGACACAGCCGCCUGGGUUACCAACGUCGGUAACGAGCAUGGGCAGGUCCUCGUCAGUGUCCUCACUGCCGGUGAGGGCGAGGGCCUGGUCCCCAUGGCGGCUGGUCUCAUGGAACGGUACCGGCUGGCAGGGGUGGCGCCCCCCCAGCUCACCGGGGGGAGCACGGGAUGGUCGGCCUCACCGAGGCGGAUCGGCAGGAAGGAGAUGGCGCUUCACUGUCGGCGUCGUACGCGUGGAGCUGCGGCGACCGAAGUCCUUCUCCUUGACCUCCUCGAGACCUUCAACGGCGAGAGGUCAGGGUUCGACACCCUGGGCAUCCCGUUGCUAGACUCCAUCCGCAUCCAGGCCAUCUGGAAAGAGCAGAGGCGCCACCUCCACUGCAUACAGGACCCACCCGGUGUACAGCUGUACACCGAGACUGGCAAAAUCACCAAGGGCGGCGUGAUGUUGCCCGUUUCUCGCUGCGCACGGGGCUCCACAUCCUUGGAGUCAUUCCACCUCCACCUCAACCGGUUCAUCAGGUAA